UAAUUAUUACAAAAUUUAACAAAAACAAAUUGGAAAAUGUCUGCAAAUAUUAAUUUUCUUUGAUGACAAAUAUUAGUUUUCAAAAAAAUUUGAAAAUAAUUUAUUUCGACCGAAAAUUUGUAAGUAACAAAAAAAAAUUUAAAAAAUGAAAAUUCAACAUUAUCCUGGCAAAGCAGUUAUGGAUGCAAGUUUAUCAUUAGACAAAACAAAUCAAAUGGGUAUUAUAUAUGAAGCAAAUUGGAUGCAAGCCCAUAACACAAUAAAACUGAAACGACCAAAUAGCCUAAAUGAUAAAAAUGCAUCAUCAAUUUUAUUGUCAUCUUCAUCAAAUGGAAAUAAUGAAAAAAAUGAUGGUAUAUCAUCAUUAAAUAAAUAUCAAAUGACAUUAGAACAGAUUGCAUCACUUGAAUCUGCAAAUAAAGAUCGAGAUAUUGUUGAAACAAUUAAGGAACUCAAUGGCUAUAAACCAUCAACAUUAAGAAGAAAACAAAGGAAGCAGUAUCCUGGUUGGGAUGAUUUAAUAAAUUCAAAUUAUGAUUCAAAUCAAAAUUCAAAAAAUUCGAAUGAAUCAUUUAAAAAUUUUAAUGGAAAUAAUAAUAAUAACAAUAGCAAUAAUCAUAAUUACAAAAAUGGUAAUAACAGUAGCAGAAAUCAUAACAGUAAUAGUAUUGAUAAUCUCAAUAAAACCGAUAUGUAUUGUACUGUUCGACGAAAAACAUUUGAUGUUGAAUUAGAUGAAAUAAAUUUUACGAAAUAUAAACAAAUGUCAUCGGAAUCAUUAUCAAGUGGUGAUAAAAGAAUUCCAAGACCAAGACAACAGGUACCCGAAGGUGUUCAAACAAAUUAUGAUAAAAUAAUAAGUGUUCCUAAUACUCACAAUAAUAAUCAAUCAUCGAAAAUAAAUUUAAAACGAUCACAAACUGUUUUAACUGGUUUAAAUAAUCAAUCCUUUUCGACAUGCUCUAAUAUCAUUGACAUUAAUGAUUUAAGAAAAAUGUGGAAAAGUAAAAAAUCAAAUCAAUUGACCGAUUUAAUCACUGAUUCAAAAUCAUCUGAAUUUGAAAAUAAUGAAUUUUUAAAAAAUAAUACAGAAACAAAUAAUUUUGUGAUAGAAAAGCAACCAACCAAACAACAAAGUCAAAUACCAUUAAGAUUAUCGCCAUUAUCAUCGUCAUCACAAUCAAUAUCACCACUGUCAUCAUUAUCAUCAUCGCAAAUGCAUUCAAAUAAUAAUGAUAAUAGUAAUAAUAACAAUAACAAUAAUAACGAUAAUAAAAUUAUUAACAAUAAUAGUAAAAGGGCAAAAGAAUUUCAAAAUAAUUUUUCAAAUAAUGAGAAAAAAUCAUUUAUGAGAUCUGAUUCAAAAAAAAAUAAUCAUUAUCAAUCUUCUGGUCAAAAUCGUCCAAAAUCAAUGAUCUGUGAUACUAGAUUUAUUAAUAAUAGUAAUAAUGACAUUAAAAACAAUACAAAUACAAAUGACCAUGAAAAUGUGAUAAAUAAAAAUUUGGAUGAUAUGGAAUUAUCAAAUAAAACACGUACAUUAACAAUUAAAGCACGUCCAUUAAGUCGUGCAAAAAGUGCACGUUUAAUACCAACACAAUUACCAGAAAUACCUGAUACAUAUAAACCAUUGCCAAGACCAAGACAACGUCAAAUGCCAAUUAAUUACUCAAAUAAUUAUAAUGAUAAUAUAAUUUUAUCAAAUAUACCACCACCACCACCAUCAGAAGCACCAGUAGCACCACAACCAAAACCAAGAUUAACAAAUAAUAAUACAACAACAUCAAUGAAUUCUAAUCAAAUAAGAAAUACAAUUAAAUUUCCAGAAGAAUAUAAUAAUAGUAAAUCUAAUUUAAUAAAUAAUAAUAAAAUUAAUUUAAAUUCAAAUAUGAAAAAUAAUAAUAAUAGAAAUCAAAUUCGUUCUAAUGGUACCAUUAAAAGUAAAUUAAGUAUGGAUAAAAUAAUUGAUUUUAAUAAUAUUGAUUUAGAUUUUGAUUUAACAACCGAUACUAAUUCAAUAGAACCAAAUUAUGAAAGUAUAAUAGAAAGAGAUUCAAAAGAUUCUAUAAGCGAUGAUCCAUCAUCAUCAUAUUCACAAUGGAUUAACACAAAAAAUAAUAAUGUUAAUGAUGUUAGUAAAAAAAAUUCACCCAAUAAUAUGAGCUACAAUAAUAAUAAUAAUAAUAAUAAUAGCAAUAAGAAUAGUAUUAGAGGUCGACGUGAACCUGGUAGUUCAUCAUCAAGUAAUACAGAUGAUCAAUUUAUAAUACCAAGACCAAGAUUAAUUGUUCCAGUGCAUACUUAUGCAAGAAAACGUCGUACCGGUAAUAUACUUAAAGAUAAUGAAAAUGAAAGUACAAAUAAUGAUGCCAAUAAAGAGAUCAAUGGUGAGGGUCGUGUUGAAGUGUCCAGAGAAGGAAAAUAUCUUUCAACAUUAUCUGGUGCUAAAGUACUUGGUGAAUUAGCAAUAUUAUAUAAUUGUCAGCGUACAGCAACAAUAACUGCCAUAAAUGAUUGUAAAUUAUGGGCCAUCGAACGACAAUGUUUCCAAACAAUUAUGAUGAGAACUGGUUUAAUACGUCAAGCCGAAUAUACAGAUUUCUUAAAGAGUGUACCAAUAUUUAAAAAUUUACCGGAAGAUACACUUAUAAAAAUAUCUGAUGUAUUAGAAGAAACUCAUUAUCAACAAGGUGAAUAUAUAAUAAGACAGGGUGCACGUGGUGAUACAUUCUUUAUAAUAUCAAAGGGUAGUGUUAAAGUAACAAUACGUCAACCGGAUUCAGAAGAAGAGAAAUUUAUUCGUACAUUAGGGAAAGGUGAUUUCUUUGGAGAGAAAGCAUUACAAGGUGAUGAUCUUCGUACCGCUAAUAUUAUAUGCGAAUCACCGGAGGGUGUUACAUGCUUAGUAAUCGAUCGUGAAACAUUUAAUCAAUUAAUAUCAAGUUUAGAUGAAAUACGUCAUCGUUAUGAUGAUGAAGGAACUGUAGAACGUAAAAAAAUCAAUGAAGAAUUUAGUGAUGUACGUUUAACUGAUUUACGUGUUAUUGCAACACUUGGUGUUGGUGGUUUUGGUCGUGUUGAAUUAGUUCAAAUGCAUAGUGAUCAAACAAGAUCAUUUGCAUUAAAACAAAUGAAAAAAGCACAAAUUGUUGAAACAAGACAACAACAGCAUAUUAUGUCAGAAAAAGAGAUAAUGGGUGAAGCAAAUUGUGAAUUUAUAGUAAAAUUAUUUAAAACAUUUAGAGAUCGUAAAUAUUUAUAUAUGUUAAUGGAAAGUUGUUUGGGUGGUGAAUUAUGGACAAUAUUACGUGAUAAAGGACAUUUUGAUGAUUCAACAACACGUUUUUAUACAGCAUGUGUUGUAUUAGCUUUUGAUUAUUUACAUUCUAGAAAUAUAAUAUAUCGUGAUUUAAAACCAGAAAAUUUAUUAUUAGAUGAAAAAGGUUAUGUUAAAUUAGUUGAUUUUGGUUUUGCUAAAAAAUUACAAAAUGGUCGUAAAACAUGGACAUUUUGUGGUACACCAGAAUAUGUUGCACCAGAAGUUAUAUUAAAUCGUGGUCAUGAUAUUAGUGCUGAUUAUUGGUCAUUAGGUGUUUUAAUGUUUGAAUUAUUAACAGGUACACCACCAUUUACUGGAUCAGAUCCAAUGCGAACAUAUAAUAUAAUAUUAAAAGGAAUUGAUGCCAUAGAAUUUCCUAGAAAUAUAACACGAAAUGCUAGUAAUCUUAUUAAAAAAUUAUGUCGUGAUAAUCCAGCUGAACGUCUUGGUUAUCAACGUGGCGGUAUCAGUGAAAUACAGAAGCAUAAAUGGUUCGACGGAUUUUAUUGGGAAGGUUUACAAAAUCGCAGUUUAGAUCCACCAAUAAUACCAGUUGUUAAAAGUGUUAUCGAUACAUCGAAUUUUGAUGAUUAUCCACCAGAUCCAGAUGGUUUACCACCAGAUGAUAAUUCAGGAUGGGAUAAAGAUUUUUAAUACUUAAAAGAAAAAAAACAUAAAUUGAAAAUGAAAAUAAUAUAUAAAAACAAUUAAAUAAUCACAAACUCAUGAAAAUAAAAAAAGCAAUUUUUUGUGCCUUUAUUUAUACACAUACAUACAUAGUUAAUAUACAUAUAUAAAAUAUUUUAAAAUUAUUUGUACAUAUUAAAAUUAAUUAUUAAUAUGUGUAUGUGUAUAAAUUACUUUACCGUUGUUUAUAUUGUACAUGAAUAUAAAUAGAGUUUUUUUUUUUAUUAUAGUCAAC